GACUUUCUGGUCGCGGACCAAGUAUCGUCACAAAGAAAUUUUGUAGUUUGGACAUGGAUAAGCAUGUCGGAAGUAUGUAGUGAUUAGGUCCUUGAGGUUGCCGUAGCUGUGAACAAAUGGUUCUCAGAUUCUCCCAUAAGAUGAAUGACAAGUGAAAAAUAUGAGGCGUGUAGCGCUCCUGGGUCGGUGUAAAUGGUGACAAAACACGAGGAGAUCGAGGCUUUUGUUCUCGCUUUGUUGCUAAGCCGGAAAUGCGUCAACAGUGGCGGCUGCGAUUAGGAUCGCACUUUUAGUAACGGACAGAACCGCCCACUACAACUUUCGGCACCGACGACGCGAACGACGGAGAAGGUUGGUGCCGUUCUUGCUAGACGUAAGCAUUUUCUGCUCCCCGCCAUUGCGUUCUUCGGCUUUGGAAGUCAACAUACGUACAAGUGCCCCUGUGCUGGGCACCAGUACCAACUCCAACUCCAGAUGCGCCUCGCGGGGCCGUCGGGUAGCGGCGUUGAACAGGUGACAAAAAAGAGCAGAUACCUUCACCUUCAGACGUCGCCCGUUUCAUCUCCGCAGGAGAGCCGUGGAAAACAUAUGAACAGUUCCUACUACAGUAGCAGUGGUACUAAUACGAACCGACAACCGCAGCAACCUCCCGCUGGGCCCAGUGGCCAGUUCCGGCUACAGCCGUGGUUUCACGGACCCGACAGCAAUAACCUCCGCGUUUACACGGGCUUCGGGUCGCCACCGCCUCCUGCUGCAGCGACAACUACUUCCAGCAUCUCCUCGACUGCAGGCAGUCAGCGAGGCGCGCAUCAGCAGCUUCAGCCAGGAGGCAACAUCCUAGCGCCCUCGGCGUCGUCGACUGGAUCUCCGAUCUCGUAUCUCCAGCACCAAGGAAGUGCAACUUCUACGAGCAACAUCGCUGCCUCAUCGCACACAUCUUCGCUGACGUCGCCAAUAUUGCAAGCGCAGCGCCAGCCUGGUGGUGGUGGUCGGAGUUCCUUCACGUCGUCCUCUCCCGGCGACCAAGGCGCCGGAUCCGGCUUGUUUACUACCUCAUCCGCGAUAAAGAGCAGCAACAGCCCAGCGGUCGCGUCGAAGACAAUGGUGAAUGCUUCGGGAAGCGGUGCUCCGCCGCUGAUGGGCUUCAGCGCGGGAGGAGGGUCGGUUUCAUCAACGAAUAACAAAACGUCAUUUAACCCAGCGCCACAAGCAUUGCAGCCUUCAGCUAUGGUAUGACUACAUGAUGGACAUAAUCGUGUUUGCGGUUGCGGUGUUUAGCAGUCAUAAAGGAUGUUUUACCUGCGAUGAAGCAAGUACGUAGAGCUACAACUUGCUACACCAAUACCUGAUGAAGUAGUUUUUUAAGUACUGAGUUCAACAGAAAUGCAUCAUCGUGGUGGAAUCAUUUUCGAUGUACACCAGUUGAAAUGAAGAAAGUAUACAUGUCGUCCAGGAUACGCUGCUGUAGAAUGUUAUUCACCACCGAAAAGGACGCAAAGUGUUUUACUUGCGUGAAUUUGGAUGUGUGCGAGUGGCACGCGCAAACGCAUAAUUCUGAAUUAGGCAUGGAAGGUUUCAGCUUGAACAGUUUUUAUCACACAAUUAAUUACUCGACGUCCGUAUUUUACUGAUAGACGAGGAUUACGUGUGCUGAUACGUCGCUAUAGCUUGUUUAGAAGAAUUUGUAUUUGAAAUCAUCUUCAAUCAGGGUUCGUCUGCAACCAGCAGCGCAAGUCAAUACAGUCCGCAUUUGCAGCGGGGCUCGCCCAAUGCAGCGGUAAGGUUCGGCGGAUCGCCGGACACGCUCGCCACGUACCGAACUGGUACCGGCACCAACCACGGGGCUAAACGGGGUAGCAGCAACAAAAAGACACCGGACUACACGCUGGGACCGCCCCGCGAGAUCACGAAGAGGCCAGAGGGCGAGGCGUACGGAUUUUCUAGUGCUGAAUACUUGGCAUUUGAUGUGCUCGUCCUUCUACUGAUCUGUGUUGUUCUUUGUGUGUGUCAGAGGGACAGUGAACGUCAUACAUAAAUAAUUUUUUUGUCAAUGUUGAAAUAUGACCACGUGGUCCUCUUCUUGGUUCCAGCAGUGGUUCUGAUAGAUACGUGUAGAUGAAAAAGACGCCACUCGCUGGCAUCGCUCGCGCUGCGUGUACAACAACUCAGUUCUGCUUUAUGAAUGUAUUGUCCUGUCUGGUGGUCAACAACAGCGCUCCUCCGAGUUCCCGAUCCGGAGUCCGAGCCCCUCAUCGGUUGAUGGUCGAUCUGGGGGCCGAUCCGGAUACGUACGGCGAUUAUAUGGACCGGCUUCCCGAGCCCGUGAACACGUUCCAGACAAAACCGGACCAGGAGCAUGAGGCUGUUGGAUUCGAAACCAACAUGCUGGGAGGCGUUGAGCAUACAAGGUACCUAUCUAUAUGUUCUGCUUUCAUUUUGCGUUUGCUGUACAACUCGUCGCCGUUGAGCUACUACAAAUAGCAUGAUUUAAUAGUAGGGUUCAUCUUCAUCCCAUUUUUUCGCACUGGCGAAGGAUUCUAUCCGUCGCGUCCGUGGUCUUUUUUCGUGCACCUUGAGAUAGUUCACCAUAAUAUCUUACCUGGAUCGUUGCUGUGGUGACACGUAUGUCUACUCGAAUCAGAAUCAAAAGACAAGGUCUGCAAGAGUAAUCAUGAAGGAAAUCUAUCACUCAGAAGUUGUAUUCGAAUUGAGUUCUUGAUGUUGUUCCUGUUCCUCUCAGUCGAGUCCGAGUCGUGAUAGUGAUGUAUCCUUCGCCCUCCAUGUGUUUUUUUUUCGUGCUGCAGUAGUCACCGCACUUGGACCCACCUCCCUGUGAGACGCAGGUAGUUUUGAAACAGGCAAAGAUCUGAUAUUUGAUGGCAAUGUUGCGUACAGCUGGACGAGCCAGCACGAUGCGUAAUGCUCGAUCAACUUCAGCACGGCAGUUGGUUAUGGUUUAGAGCUAUGCUUAUAUGUACACUGACAUCUUCCUCGCGGAUUAUUUUUGCUCACAGUGAGACUCAUUUCUAAUGAAUUAUCUACACUCCUGUUUGGAAGAUACCUCUUCUUUGAUCUCUCAGGCUUCCUGGACACCCUACGACAAACAUGUUUCCCGGCAUGGAUGUAACUAUUGGGAUGGAAGGGGGCUCCCCGAGCGCUUCGGCCGCCGCGGCGCGUGAACGAGAACGCAGGCGAGAGCUGCGCGCUGCGACCAGCGGAGACGGCGGAGGAGCAGCAGGUUCGACACCAGCCGAAUUCGAGCAGACAAUCCUACCAUCCGGUGCUGGCGUGGUCGUCGCCCCUUCUGGCUCAGUAAGAAGCAUCUGUAACUGUGAGUAUAGAUCUUUCUACCUUUUUUUGCGUAUGGAUCGAAAUCUAAAUCAACAUCCAAACCAAAGUAGCUUGGUUGCGAAGAUGCUGUUAAUGGCCGCGGUGUAUGUUGCAGUAGGCAUGCCCACCUCCUCGCGCAAAAAGCAUAGGAUUAGAUACAAGGCCUCACGCUCACCUAGAGGUGGCAGUAGAGCUUUGUAUUUGUCUCUUCCUGAGCUAUAAGCCUAUUGAACUUGAGAUUGGCCAUAGCAGACAAAGCUAGAACUUCCGCGAGUAUGUAGUGCGUCUGUUCGUAGUUGUUCCUAACUGUGUUUGAGGUUUCAUCCCAUCAGUUUUUUUUUUAAAGAUUGGUGACAUCAAAAAGGUUCCACAACAUUUCGGGGGAAACGCAAGCAGAGCGUCAUCCGGCGCGGGAGCGUCUUUCGCGCAGCAGAACUUCUACUCAUCGUCAAGUCUACCGUUGCCAGGAGAUCAGCUCCCUGCGAGCUCCUCAAGCUACGCUUCGUAUGAUCAAGCAACGCCUGCGUCCUCGUCUUCCGCGGGCGCAGCAGCCGGCGCCAGUGGUGUGACGGUCCCUCCACAGGCUCCUGCCAGCGUGGCCAGUGCAAUGCCAGAGAAGUCCAUUUUCAACCUCCCCGGCUUGAGCAUGCCUAACGGCCUCAGUCUAAAUGGGGCGUCCCUCACCGGUGCACUGGAUCUCGUUGGCGGUGGCACGUCCGGCGGGCCCGGAGAGCGGGUGCAUGGCUCGGGAGCCUCAAGCGCGGGCUCCUCCGAUAGUAGCAUCCCAAUGAUCAUUAACUCGGCACGAGGGCCCAACCUGAACACGCUAGACGGGUGGAUCAACAACCAAAACUUGGGACGCAUCGAGACUGUGGACCAGGCGAUCAUCGAUCGCGUCAAGAGAGUUGCAAUCAACCGCCCCCUGCGGCGCGACUUCACCGACUUUGCGCAGGAGCUCAGAGAGGUCUUUCCUCAGGAAACACUCGACAAAAUCUUCCAGCGCACCGGCAGAAGCAGUACCAAAAAUGGUUUUACGAUGAUUUUGAUUGCCUUGGCGUCCGUUUGUCGACUAAAUCUAAAGCUACGAAGAAACAUGAUGUAUUGAGGUACAGGUAUAACAGGUCCCACCAGGAGAAAAAUGCUCAUCCACGCUCUUCCGGGAGUUCUUGUGUAGUACUUCAUCUGUUCAUGUUCAUCUCAUCUUUUGAAAAGAGGGACGAGCGGUCCCGUGUGAGGGCGCAAUCGGAAUCCCGUGAGAUCAGGAGAAAGAUAAUUUUAUCACAAUAUGCAGGUGGUGGAGGAGGCUCCUCCUCGUCGUCCAUCAGUACGCAGGAUAUCAAGAAGUUUGCGGGUGGCGGGCUGAACCACGAGUUUAUUAUGACCGGAAUGGGAGCCCAGGGGAAACUCUUGGUGAAAGUAAUCGCCGUGCGACAGGAGAUGCCCGGCGCCUCACAAGGCGAAGCGGUAGAGACAGAAUAUCUUCGCCUGUGCUGCCCUGAGCUGCCGAGCGACGCAAAUGUCUGCUUCCCAAUCGCCUCCUAUCGCGGAGUUAUCGAGCAGACGAAUUCGAGCACAAGCAGUAGCUCUAUCCUCGCAAAAUCAACACGGUUGCCCAGGCCAAAAACGGCACGUCGCAUCGUCACAAGCUAAUGCUAACGUAAGGUUCCGGCUCGGCCAUCGCGCGCACUACGAAUGGAAAUGCGUCUAUUCUGCGUCCACCAGCGAGCGCGUUUUGUCAUUAUUACAGAGGGAACUAGUCACCAGUCUUGACAGACGUGUCCCAGAAGCUUGCAUGAGUGUGCUCUUCGUAUUAUAUUUCUCUCUCAUAGCAGAUAGAUUUAGAUGCAGCUUAUCCUUUUUCUGAGACGCUUGCGACGCUUGCUUGCGUUUUUGCUUUCUUGGCUUGCAAUUUUUCUGGUAUUAACUCGAAGAGAGCAGGAAGAAAUAGUCGGGGAGAGCAGAAGGUUGUGGAUCCAUUGGGUAUAAAUAGGUCGCCAUGUCAACUCAUUGCUUUGAAUUUUGCUUUUCUGGUGCGCAACACGUCCGGCCGUCAAUGUUGUCACGACUGUGGAUGAGCGCCAACGUGAUGUAUCAGUAUCUUCAUCAGCAAGGCAACACGCCAACUUCCAAUUCAUGUGCUUCGCGAAAUGAGAUUGCGAGCGAAGAUGAAAAUAGUAUGCAUCACGAAAAAAUCAAAAUACAGCGCCGAAGUACUAUGAUAUCGUCGUCUUAAAUUUUGUGGAAAACUGCAUCAACAUACGGGACCUGGUAUCAGCCUUCGAUAAAGCUCCUGGGGAAGUACAGCAGGAGGUGAUGGGGCACAUGAAGAACCUAAUCGGGUUUCAAAUACCGCGUCUAUUCCACCGCUUCUACCUGCGGCACAGGCGGAAAAUGGGUGACGGAAAAGCCGAUAACAUCCUAAUCAAUAGACAAGGUGAAGGUCGCGCGAUAUUCUUUCAUUCAUUUUUGUGCUAUGGUACCCUGCUCCGGUGCAGCGUCAUUUGUCCCCCAUCGCUGGCGUUUGUGAUUUUUUUGGUUGUGGUUUUAUUUCCUCAAUGAACAAAUUGAACAAAUAUGUUAUGAAAAUAUCAAUUAGGCAACCUUUACAUCGUCGAUAUUGGGUCUACCUUUAACGCGGUAAUUCGGCCUUGCGACAAGGGUGAGUUUCUUCGGAGCUUGCAGGCGAGUCACCAGGAGUCCCCCGUCAAUUUACUCAAGCAGGCGUUCGAGCAUUAUUUUGCACACCCGCCGGACCAUGACACGGUGGACAUAGAGUCGGGCUUCCCCAUCAUGCCUCACCGGGGAUACAACGCCGAUAUGGUCCAGGAGCUGGAAGUAUGAUGGUGGACAACUUCAACAUUCCCUCUUUGUCAUUUCCGAUGCAAAAUGCCAACUCGUGUCCUGCUUCUUCAUGUCCAUGUGCAUGACCACCAGUUUCGGAAGCCCGACUAGCACUAUAAGUACUCACAAAUCUUUGUGAAUACAACAAACUUUAGUGUCAUCUUCAGAGGGCGUCCGUGUGCUUGUUCCGGCGCUGCUCAUGCCCUUCAAGUUCAAACCCUCGGGCGGGGGAGUUGUCCACUAUCAUACAAGGUGUAUCUUAACCAGAAGGGAGGCCUGCUGCGGGCACUACCCAAGAAUAAUGGAGUGGUAGAAGACUUUUAUUUUUUGCGAUUCCAGUUACACGACCAGAGAUUUUUUAGACUUUCAGUGAAUUAACUUCUGAAUUACAUUUGUUCGGCAACUUGGACGAUCUGGAAAACUGCUAGAUCUUGCGGAGAAAUCUGUCACUGCCUUACUAUGAUUGCUCUGUUGAUGGUGCCACAGUUUCUCCUUUUGUCUGCGUAUCAUCCCUAUGCAAAAAUAAAUACGUGCAGCUUCGUGCAGGAGUGCAAUUGAACGUUCCAAGCUUGGGAGCUGGAUUGGGCAUACCGCCGCCACCCUCUAGCGCGGCGCCGACUGGCGGCAGCGGUCAUCGGUCCUCGGUUUCCAGUGGCGGCAGCGGAAGCACGAGCUUUUCUGGCGUGCAACUGCAGACGCCGGCAAACAUGCCGACUAUCGGCGCACCUGGGGGCUUCACCUUUUCUGCCACGUAA